GUACAACAUCGGGAAGCAGCAUUGAAACGACGAGCAUUAAGAUUAUGGGCCUAUGAGACGAUCACAAGCGCUGCUGUUUAUCAACAGUUACGAAAGAACGUCUGCCGGUGGUGGUCGUUUAUUUUUUCGGUCGAGCAUUGCGGAGAAGAAGCGUUAAACCCAUCACAGUGACAGUUAUGUAUGGUGCCGGCGUUCUGUUGCUCCUGAUCGUCUGCACGACCCAUAACCUUUGCCAGUCCGUUCCGGCGGAAGUAGCGGAAGAGGACACAGGUGCCUGCUUGGUUCGAUUCGGUGACGCUGCUACCGGCGAAGGUGUCUACAACAAAACAUUCAACAAUGUGCCGUACUGUGCGUUUCUUGGAAUUCGUUACGCCAAGCCUCCGGUCGGCGAGCUACGAUUUGCCAACCCCGUGCUGGAAGAUCCCGUUGAUCAGCGCAAGUACACCGCGUACGGGAGCGUGUGUCCACAGUUUAAAAACAUCAACCGCCAGAAUGGGAUAGUGGGCAGCGAAGACUGUCUCUAUCUUAAUGUGUUCGCACCGGUGCAGCAUGUGGACAGUGAGCAGGAGACAACCCAUGUCAAGUAUCCCGUGCUGGUGUUUAUACACGGUGGAAGCUUUGUAGCAGGAUCGGGAGAAGUUCACGGUGUGGAUUUGCUGAUGGAAAAUGAGUUGAUUGUUAUCACUCUGAACUAUCGUCUCGGGGUGCUUGGAUUCUUGAAGAGCGAACGUCUCAACAUCACCGGUAAUUAUGGGUUACGAGAUCAGCAGGCCGCUCUGCAAUGGGUACAGCGCAAUGUGCACCAUUUCGGAGGCGAUCCUGCACGUGUAACCCUGAUGGGACACAGUGCCGGUGGUGCGUCGGUAACACAUCAACUGUAUAACGAACAAGCGGCCGGACUAUUUCAAAGUGUGAUCGUGCUGAGCGGUUCCAUGCUGGCCCCCUGGGCCGUUCUUUACGAUCAUCUGCGGUGUCAGGAUAAUUACGUACACGAUAUGGAUGCAAGAACGCUGCCUGAGUUCCAGCAGCUCGAGCUGGAGCAGUUCUUCAUCCCCGAUCGUAAGUUACGCUACACAUUCGCAUACUGCAGCAUGUUCUACGUGUGUUUCAUACCCACUAUGAGCAAUCGCACGGUAGAGGACGGUGCCUUCUUUAGCCAUUCACCACACGAAGCUGUACGCGUUAAAACUCCACCCCAAAUGCCGAUCCUUAUUAGCGAGACGGCAACCGAGUUCGAGUUUCUGCUGCCACACAUCUUCGACUUUUGGAUGAGCACAAACUACCCGAACCAAAACCAUCCCAUGAUCAGGCGGCGGAUUGGUGAAAUCCUGGACAAUGUCGGUAACUGGGCCGUGGCACAGGGGCUUGAACCGACCAAGCAACUGUUCUACCAGAAGAUGGCAAACAUGGCCAAUCUUUACUACCCGAUCAGGCGGCUGCUGGGUGUGCUGGGCAAGCAUCUGCACGAGGGCCAGCUGUACUAUCUGCGCUUUGAGUUUGAUGGAAUGUUUGGUGAGUAUAAGAAGAAAAUUUACGCCCAACAUCUUCAGACGAACAAGUACGGUGCAUUGCAUGGCGAUGAGCUGGGAUACAUCUUCAGUCCCUACAAUCUGCGGGACGCGUUGGCGAAUCGUUCCGAGUAUCGGAAGGAACUAUCCGUGCACAUUCGCACUGUUGAGUUGAUUGCAAACUUCGUUAAGUAUGGCAAUCCCACACCGAAGCGUAGCAAACUGUCCGACAUUGUUUGGCCACCGUACAGUGAAGCUAACAACCACACCCAGUACCUGAACAUUGACGAAGAGUUUACGCUGCGUCGCGUCGAUAAUCGUCACAAUCUCUAUUACCUGAUCUGGAAAAUUGUGUACGAGUGUUUGUACCACGGGCACUGCGACACCAUUACGAAGCUGGAACAGCUCGGAGAACAAUACGGCGGGAUGCUAGUGGCGCAACCGAACGAUGACGGCCUGGACGUGCUAGAUGAGGAAAUGAAGAGCAAUCUGACUUAGCCGAUGGUGUCCAAUCAUAUCGAUGAUAAAGUAAUGCCCAGUAUCUUGUAGUUGUGUACUCAUCGCUAGUUAAGGAAAGGAGUUAAACAUUAGUGUUAAAGUUUUGGGGGCCUUUGUCCUCAAUUUGAAGACCCUUACAGACCCUCACAUUCCCAUUGAAUGUGUUGAUAAACAUUACUAUUUAUUCCUUUAGAAAACCGUUGCCUUUCAUAUGCACUUACCGGUAUGGCUACCUCCAACCAACCGAUUAUCCAAUUCCCAAAGGAAGCCGCUGAUAAGCGCUUUCUUCCUUCCAUUAUCAGCCCUAUCACCCGGAAAUACAUUUCUCCGCCAUACUCUAUAGCGCUCGGGAACAUCCCCCCAAAAACUUUGUCUGGUUUGAUAGACACAAAUGCAUAAUGGCAGAAUGCUAUCCCCAAGGAAUCGUCGUCGUCUGCUUGUGAAUCAUUCCCCUCCGGGGAAGUUCGCAUGGGCUGGAUAGCUGAAUUUUACAUCCUACCCCACCUACUCAGGAAAGGUUUCGGUCGACUUACCUCUCCAACAACUAUGCCUUUUUUCUCUUUCCGUUUCCUGUUUCCAACUCAAGCAGCAGCAGCAAAAAAACGACCGGAAAGAUGCUUUAGUAACUCCAUGAAGUACGCUGCUUAACGCACCGGAAUGCGUCCGUCUUCUGUAGGAUUCGCCCCGCUUCUUUAAUUCCAACUUUACAGUCAUUCGGAUGGACAGUUCUGCUGCUUUGGCCAUUUGCAGAUUUGACAGAAUCUUGAAAUUCCUCCAGAGGCAAGCGGAAGGUCCUCGUCUAGGGAAUGGAAUCAGUGCCGCUGGCAGCCUUUUCCUUUCCCGAGCGAAGUUGUCCGCCCCCGUUCGAUCUCAUGCCAGGUCACAAUGUUUUCCAUUCUUAUCUACUGCCGCGUACAAUCAUGCUUUGCCUUCGGUAUUAUUGGAAUUCUUCCUUAUCUAUUUGUUGCUUCCCCGUUUUCUUUUUGCGUACAAUGAAAACAUUUGAAUGGAGAACUGGCGAAGAAGAACCACAAGGCUUUAUUCUCUCUUUUCUAUCUUUCGCUUAUUCACAUUUUUCUCCAAUCGUUGCUACUUUCAUCUGCUUGAAAUCGGAAAGAAAUCCUUCACGAAAUCUUCAACUACACAAAAAAGAUCAGCCCCUUCUCAUUCAAAUACUAAUUCUGGAAAUGUUUUUUACUCCCCCAAGUGCAUUACCGUAAAGCGGGAGAGCCAAAGGCCUCUUGAGUUUAUUUUCUGUAACAAUGCGUUGCAAAUGGGAGGAAGGUUUUUGUGUUUGGUUUAAAGUUUUGCUCCUUCCUAACGAAGGUGUUUUUUUGGUUGCUGUUGCUUACCUUUAGAUGCGAACCGAAUUUGAUGAUUCGUGCACUCAUCCGUUUUCACCAGUUUCCUUCCUCGGGUUGGGUGUCUUGCAAUCUUCCAGAGACUUCGAUAAAAUAUGAAUGCUCUUCAUUCUUCUUAUCGGAUGCGGU